GGAUCGCGAUCGUCACUUGUUCUCGCCCGUGUGACGUCAGUUUCCUCCGUCUAUUGUAAGCGAAUGAAAGAAGUUUUCUCCGAGUUCUGUCACAGCGGAGAUGGACACUGAACCACUUUUGGACGAUAGUCUAGAUUCAGUUGAGGCACCCAUGACGGUGAUUUACGACAACAACAUAUCCCCCAUGAGUGUCACGACAAGUGUUGGCAUUCGGAGUGGUGACGGUGGCAGUGACAAUGAGGAGUCGGAACCCAUGACGACCAUACCCCUGACACAAGGUUCAGGGGGUGUAGGGGGAGGGGGAGGGGGCCGGCGGAAGAAAGAGUCCACAGCUCAGUACAAUAAUGAGCGAGAGAUGUGUCUACAGUAUUUUGAGAAGUGGAGUGAGCAGGACCAGCUAGAGUUCAUGGAGCACCUCCUGUCCAGAAUGUGCCACUAUCAGCAUGGACACAUCAACGCCUUCCUAAAGCCUAUGCUCCAGAGAGAUUUUAUUACACUCUUGCCAAAAAAGGGUCUAGAUCAUGUAGCAGAAAAAAUCUUAGGAUAUUUAGAUGCCAAAUCCUUGCGAGAAGCAGAGUUGGUAUGUAAAGAAUGGCACAGGGUAAUUGCAGAUGGACUUCUAUGGAAAAAAUUGAUAGAGAGAAAAGUACGCACAGAUCCUCUAUGGAGAGGGCUCUCAGAACGAAAGGGGUGGGGUAUGUAUCUCUUCAAACCACGGCCAGGAGAGCAACAUCCUGGGCACUCUUAUUAUCGAAAGUUAUAUCCUAAAAUUAUACAGGAUAUUCAAACCAUAGAAAAUAAUUGGAGAAUGGGUAGACAUAAUUUGCAAAGGAUAAAUUGUCGCUCAGAGAACUCCAAAGGUGUCUACUGUUUACAAUAUGAUGACCAGAAAAUUGUCUCUGGUCUCCGAGAUAACACCAUCAAAAUUUGGGAUCGAACUUCGCUGCAGUGUUACAAGGUACGAGGGGUGUUGACGGGUCACACAGGGUCAGUGUUAUGCCUCCAGUAUGAUGAAAGGGUGAUCAUUAGCGGGUCGUCAGAUUCCACAGUCAGAGUGUGGGACGUGAACACGGGCGAGAUGACCAACACACUCAUCCACCACUGUGAGGCAGUACUUCACUUACGCUUUAACAAUGGAAUGAUGGUCACUUGCUCAAAGGACCGUUCCAUUGCUGUCUGGGAUAUGGUAUCUCCGGCAGAAAUCAACCUCAGACGGGUGCUAGUGGGUCACCGGGCAGCAGUUAAUGUUGUUGAUUUUGAUGAGAAAUAUAUUGUCAGUGCAUCUGGUGACAGAACAAUCAAGGUUUGGAGCACAGGAACCUGUGAAUUUGUGCGGACGCUAAAUGGUCACAAGAGGGGCAUUGCAUGUCUGCAGUAUCGUGAUAGACUUGUAGUCAGUGGCUCUUCAGAUAAUACAAUAAGGCUGUGGGACAUUGAAUGUGGUGCAUGUUUAAGAAUUCUGGAAGGGCAUGAAGAACUUGUACGAUGCAUUCGCUUUGACAACAAGAGGAUCGUAUCAGGAGCAUAUGAUGGGAAGAUCAAGGUUUGGGACCUCCAAGCAGCGUUGGAUCUUCGAGUGCCAGCUGGAACCUUAUGUCUUCGAACUCUUGUGGGGGAACAUUCCGGCCGAGUAUUCCGCCUCCAGUUUGACGAGUUCCAGAUAGUGUCGUCUUCCCACGAUGAUACUAUCCUCAUCUGGGAUUUCCUCAACUGCUCCCCCCCAGAAGCGUCUGGGACUGCCGGUGCUCGAGGGGGAUCACCCACCUGCGACAGAAGCUAAUGCAGUGAAGACAUAGUGCACAUUGUUUUGUUCCAUUAAAAGAGGUCUCCUGGGCGUUGAUGAUCCUCAGGAGAUAUUCUUGUAGCAACUUGCAUCUACGGGAUGUGCCUGCAGCUGUGAAAGAGACUUGAGUGAUGGAAGCUCGAGUGCUGUCAAGAAAAAAAAAAAAAAUAGUGCCCGUGAAUUGUGUGUGGUUGUCCACGCAUCUUGAACACAUCUUAAAAAAUAAAGGCACGGAAAAAGACUUGCAAGUGCUGAGGGUUGGUAGUAAACACCCGGCACCUCUGCCUGCCUCCCCCCCCUGGCCCGUCCAUACUUCUGUGGUGUGAUAGGCAAACUCCUACAUCACUUUGGUGCAUAGCCAGAAAAGUGUUGGUGUACUCUUCUUGUGCUGACGUUCUAGUGCCCUCUUGUUCUCUACUGCGAAUCGAGGCUUACGCUACACUCUCUCUCUCUCACUCUCUCUCAAUUCUGUCUCUCUCUUUCUCUUAAUUUCUCUCACUCUGAGACUGUCUGCAAUGCCAGAACUUUUUUUUUUUUUAUACAUAUACUGUAACACUUUGAGUUUUAGAGCUUCCUCAUUUGGAGCAACUUUAAAAAUGAGAAUCAGAUCUGACAAAAGGCUGAGAGAAAAAAAAAAAAGAAAUAUAUAUUUAAAAGUAAAUAAAGAUAGCUUGUAAGGUGACCUGCGCUACUUGUGUGAACCAAUAAGAUGAAAUCAGUAAUUGCUGUUACUGGUCUCAUCAAUUGAUAAAGGAGGAUACUAUCCAGUGUAACAUGCCUCUCGUCAGUAAGGAGAGGAAGAAAGUGCUAUGGACCAUAGUGGGUGUGCAAGUUAUGUAUAUCAGUGUAUUGAGUUAACGAGAUGAUGGCAACUGAGCAAAAUAAGGCUUCCAGUGGAAAAUGGAAAAGAAGCAAAGGAUCUCAUCUGCUCCACCAGUCCAACAGCCAAACAUCUUUUUUAUUAUCAGGCCAUGACAUUCAUGAUGUUCCACUUGUAAAUUCAUUUUGUGUAAAAAGAAGACAGUAUGUGCUAUUGUCUAGCAAUCUGUGCAAUAUUUUCAAAAUGAGGACUCAUUUCUUAUUACAUAGUGGUUUUGAUUCUGAAGUGUUACAAUAGAGUAUACACAAGCAUAAGUCAUUCAGCAAAGCAAACAGGAACUAACUGUUGUUAAAGAGAUUGGAAGAGCUUUACCAGUAAAUCUAAACUUUUUUUCUGCAUAAAAAUAGAGUAGAGCUUUCUUGAAAUGAUAUUUAUGCUUUUUUAGACAGGAUUUGUGAAAGAUUUGACAUACAAAAUGCAGCUGAGUCUACUGAAAUGUUCUUGUAUACUUUUUAUCUUUUCUGUUUCAUAACUGUUCACUGAUGCAACUUCAUUGGGUCAACGACAGCAGCACAUGUUAUUCACAACAUGAAAGGGAAACAAAAUGCCUUCCCAAAACAAACAAACUACCGUUGACUCUGAAACUUUAGGAUCACAUCCACUGCUGGCAUCUUGUAUAUUUUAUUAUCAUUUAUUAGCUUUCACCCCUCAUUUUUAUGGUAUAGAAUGCAUUAUUCACCCCCCAAUAUAUAUGUAUAUACAGAGAGAGUGAUGAUACGUCUGUGUGAGUGUCAAGUGUGUGAAGAUGUCCAUGGGGCCUAUUUGGUUGUUCAGAUAUUUUCAUUCCAAUGCUUGCUGUAGCCAAUUUCAGUUUUCAAAAGUUCCAAUGGAAUAGUGAAUUGUAAAUUGCAUUGGGAAGCAAAAUUUUAAUAGAGGAUAUCAUAGGAGUUGAAACUGUGAUGUAUUGCCUCAAUUUCAGUUUCAGAUUGUUUUGAGUUACAAUGAAUUAUCAAUUUGAGGGUUCCACUACAAACCAGAAUAUGAAUUAUGUUGAAAGCCAAAUUCCAGUAUAUUGUAUCUUGUUGUCUGAGGAAGAUUUGAAACAGAAGUACAUCAUAAGUCACCAAUAUCAAUACCCCAACCAUCUUUACAAGAUUCGGCAUAGCUUCAUUUGAUAUAUACUGAGGGCUCGUGAUAUAUGCAAGGUUACUUCUUCAGACCCCAGUGAGUUUUCAGAAUCACAGAAGCGUGCACUGAAUAUUGUUUGAACUAUCUAUAGUACUAAGUCCUAUAGAUAGCCUAGGAUAGUAUAGUACUAUCAUUCUUAAGAACAUUUUUAUGUUGGUAAAUCAUAAAAAAAUCAUGUUAUUAGAAAGAACAAGUAUAUCAUAACUAUUUAGAAAUUAAUGAAAAUAGGUACAGAUUUGAAGUUGGAUCAGAGGGAGAUAUGCACACAUGCACAUGGGUGAACAUUCUAAAGAUUAGCAUUCACAAAUGUGAUAAUCCAUGCGCUUGGCCAAAUUGUAUGUAAGAGUAUAGAAAAAUAAGAAAUAAGAUUUAUUAAUGUAGGAAAAUAAGAAAUUGAAAGAUGCAGUCACAGGAAAUCAAAACUAAUUUAAAGAAAUUAAUGAAACCUAAACAAACUGUAGAAAGUAUUGACAAAUAUUAAAUGUGUUUAGUACUUAAAAGCAACUAGGUUAAGGUUGAAAAAUGUGAGGGUGGAGCAUUGAAUGCAGGCAUCAUUUUUCCACCCUCUCUCAACUCAAACAGUGGGAAGCAUCACUGUUAACAGUACUUUUCUUUCUUACUGAAGUCAAAUACAUGCAUAUAGUUGUCAUAUAUCUGCCUUUUUCUUUUCUUUUUUUGUGAGAAGUAGAGUCUCAUGUGAUUUAAAUCCUUUGUCACUUUUGGUCUUCAAGAUGCUAGGAUGAUCAUAGCCCAGGGGAGGAUAAAGCUAUAUUAUGUGCAUAAGGAUUUAUUUAUUGUACUGUACAUUAAUUUAAAAUAGUUAUGAUGCAUUUGUUUACAUUUUAUACUAUUUAUUAUUUCACCAUGUAAAAUGUCAUUAGGAAGGAUGGGACUACCAUAGCCUAUCCAUAUGGUAGUCAUAUAGUACUAGCAGAUUCUAUAGAAUGUAUUUUCAAUUUUUUUUUAUUCACAUGGGGUUCAGAAGCAUAAUCUUUGCAUAUGUCAUCAGUCAAGUUUAUGAAUACAUACAAGGUCAGUCCAAAAAGCAGCAAACUUUUUAAAAAGCACAUUUAUCACUAAUUACAAUUCCAUCAGACUUGCCUCCUCCAUCAUAAUCCCUGUCAAUACACUCAUUCCAACAUUUUUAGCAGUUCUGCACUAUCCCUCAAAAUGCAUUGGAAGUGGUUUAUCAACAGUGGUGGUGACUGUUUUGAAUGGGUGAAGCCUUAUUAAGUUGUAAGGAAAGCGGUAAAUUUGUUUUUUAAAUUGCAUUGGUGUCUUUAUGGACCGACCUUGUAGAAGAUGCCACUACAAGUUUUUUUUAUUUUUUGAGAAGCAAAAAUUUUUGAUGUUGCACAAAUCAUUUGAUGUACUUCAAUAUUUUUGUCAGUUUGCAUCACCGAGACCACAUUCAUCAUAUUUGUCUCAUGAUUAUGUACAUCACAGCAAGGGUGGGAUUCCAUCUCAUCACAUUUCAUUCAUGCUACAUUAUGUCAUUUAGUGUCACUCAUUAUUAUUAUUAUUGUUAUUGUUAUUAUUUUUAUUAUUAUUAUUAUUAUAAUUAUUAUUAUUAUUAUCAUUAUUGCAUUAUCUUUUUUUUUCCAAUGUGCUUCCUUUCAGGCCUGAUACAAUAACUUGAAACUUUUGAGGUAUUUGAGAUGAAAUCAUUUUAUUUUGAGAGACUGUUUACUUCAGUAUCUUUUUUAAACAUUUUACUGUGCUGUUGUGACAAUGUAGCAUUGUUUGGCUGUAGGAGGUGACCAUUAAUAGCUUCAUGUACCACGUGUUGUGAAGAGCCAUGAAAACUGCAGUGUGUGGGCUAGAAACCCAAAGGAUUUCACAUCCGCAUCAGUUCAUUACCAUUGACGAAUGGGAAUUUUGCAAGAAUUGCAAUGCUUCAAGACUGGUUCUGAAGAGGGCACAAAUGGCAUUAUAGGUCGCAGCCUCUAAUGCAACUUCACCUCAAGUCAUGUUUGUUUUGUCAGGAUAGAAAUGGUCAUAAUUAUUUAGCCAGACAAGUUACAGAUGCAAGUCCUAGGCCAUUUUGCCUGGCUUGUGACAUGUGAUGUUUUGCAUUUGCACACUUUUAUCUGUUUGGUAUCAGAGCCUUAGAGCUAUUGUGGGAGACCAAUCCAGGAAUAUCAUCAGUCAUUGUACUAAAGUGCUGUAUAUUAUUUGCUCUUAUUAAAUGUUAUUGCACUUCAGUUUAA